UAUCCACUUUAAAUUUUUAAAAUUGACAAAUUACCAAUUCCUAAAAUAACUCUCUUUUAACUUCCUUUUCCACUUUAAUGUUUUCCAAAAUAAAAAAUGUCGAUGAAUGCACCAUAUCUACGUAAAUCACUGUUCGGUUUCCGAUGCUUUCGGAUUCAACAAGAUCAAGUUAUUAUUAGGAUGUGGUUUACUCGAAUUUCAGCGACGACUCACAAAUGAAGUUAUUAGUAGGACGUGAUUUACUCAAAUUUCAGUGACGACUCACAAUUAAUGGCUAGAUUAUGAGGUUUCAAAUUAAUGAAAAGGUGGAAAGCUAACAUAGUACCCAGAAUGCAUAAAGAAUAGCGACCUCCCUUUUGAAUAAGAUGUUGCGAUUUUAAAUUGUUGUAUUAAGGAUAUCCUAUGAUACAUAUUACUCUUCAUAGUGGAUGACAAGAUCAAAGGAAGUUGUAAUAUUAGAAUUUAUCAUGUUCAAGAGUACAUGAGUAGUUAUUUCAGAUCUGAAUGACAUUAAUAACCGUUUGUUAAGGUUGAUUUAGAUAACUAUAGUAUGUGAAUCAAUGAAGUCUGUGUAAAUUAAGCUAUUCACUGACAAAAAUGGUUUUUUUAAUUUCCUUAUUUAUGUGUAUACAUAAUUUAUUUGAUUUAUUUGGUUCAAGGUUGUUGCUUACAAGCUGCUUGAGGCAACUCAAAGUUGAUUAUUAUUCAUAAAUUGCAAGAAGUGGCAAAGGGCAUCACAUUUUGAAGUUGCCUUCUUUCGCAAAAGAUAGAUUUUAUGUAGCUCAGCUUACAACAAAGUGAUUUGUUACCCUAAAUGCUUGAUUUUGAUUUAUAAAUGUUGAUCUUGCUCACUCGUUCAGAAAUUGAGUAAAUUUCAUUUUAUGAUGUUUGCCUGAAUUAUUUAUUAUUUUGGUCUAGGAUGUCCUUGAGAGUUUUAUUGGAAUAUAGCAUUCAUGUUCAGUUUGCAGAAUAAUGAAUUAUUCCUAUCAUGAGCUUUGCAAGUCAAUAUUAAUGUUAAGAUAUUCAAAAAAUGAGUCGUAUGAGUCAUUUUUGUCUUGCGUAUUAAAAGAUGAUUGAUUUGUUUUGCUUUUGCUCUUUAGGUUGUUGUCCAGUAUUGUAGAUGCGUUGGUUAUGAAUGGCAUAUUUAAUGUCAUCAAAUGUAACUGUAGUAUUUAUUUCUUUACUAUUUUUCAUGGAUACUAUUUUUAUGCAGAGUACUUUUCUUAGAAUUGUUCGCGCAUCGCGUACUAGUAUAUAUUAAAGGCACAAUUAAAACAAAUAGGAAAUUGGUCUCUAUCGCACAUUACUAUUUUCCCUCAAUAAAAUCUCGAAUCCACAUCGCCGGAAAAUAUCGACGUCCAGCGACGAUGAGCGUCGAUGCCAUGACUCGUAAAGCCGACGUGGACGCCAUGGCUCGGAAAGUGGAGGUGGACAAUCGAAUUCUUCUUCGCAAUUACUACAGGAUCGCCAAUAAUCUCCUCCGUCAGUUACAGGCUAAUAUUCAUCGUGGGGAGAAGAAUAACAUAGACUUGUGUAUAAUACUUCUGAGAUAUUCAAGUUUGGUUACUGAAACAAUACCCUCUCAUCAAGAUUACCAGGCUUUGCAUCCUAAAGAAAGAGCAGUAUCCAAAACGCGUCUGUUAGCUGUGCUAAAUGAACUAGAGGGUUUAAAGCCUGAGUUCCAGCAUCAGUUUCAAGGAAUUGGUGAAGUUCAAGUAACAGCUCAGCAUUACCAACUCAGUAAUAAGGAGAACCAUCGAUAUAGACCAGUUGAAAAUUCUUUAGGACCGCCUUCCACCAACAAUAAAGCAUCUUCAGAUUAUGAUAAUCAAUGGGCCAUAACAAAUGCACCUUCUUCAUCUACGUGGAGGCAGAGUAAGCACAGUAGGGAAUGAAGUAACAUAAGAAAGAAAAGAUUACUCAACGAGUUCCUGUACUGUUUCAGCAGCAGUUGUAAUUGUUUUUCCUCAUUCUUCUUGUUCAGUACACUUUCACUCAUGUAUCUAUUCGUUGGGAACUCUUUGACUUCCCAAAGACUCACUUUUCUAUAGGCUUUUAGAAUAUUCUAGGUUAUAUAAUAAUAAUCUAACUUAACUACUUUUGAGACAA